CAUCCCGCCUUCAACAAAUCCUCCAUAAUGCAGCGCGGAAACUACCCCAACCCGCCGCCCGCACACUCUCCUCCGCUUCACCACCCGGUGCCUCAGCACGUCUCUACCGUUCCUCAGCUGCGAUCUCCUCCUCCACCCCAACCGCCCUCCCAACCUCAAAGCGGAUAUGGAUAUGGCCAUGGCCAGCAGGGAGGGCAGCCUGGCGGUGGAUACAAUAAUGUGCCCCCGGCCUUCGGAGGCUUCAUCAACGACCCCACUGCCCAAAUAGGCUUCCAGAUGGGCAAGAGCGCUGUAGAUGCUGGACAGCAGUACAUGGAACAGAACUUUGGCCGCUUCAUCAGCGUCAGCGCCCUGAAACACUACUUCAACGUCUCCAAUUCAUACGUCGUCAACAAACUCUACAUCGUGCUCUUCCCAUGGCGCCACCGCCCCUGGACACGGCAGCAACGCAACGUCAACAAUGCUCAAGACGUCUUCUACCUUCCCCCUCGCGAAGAUACAAACUCCCCGGACAUGUACAUCCCUAUGAUGGCGCUGGUGACUUACAUCCUCCUCUCCACACUCUUCGCGGGUCUGCGCGGGGCAUUCCACCCAGAACUGCUAGGUUACACAGCCUCUCUAGCUAUCGCCGUAAUGGUCCUUGAAGUCGGCGUCAUCAAAGCGGGAACGUUCAUCCUCGCCAUCAACUCGUCGUCACAACUGCUCGAUCUAGUCGCGUACUCGGGCUACAAGUUCGUCGGCGUCAUCGUAUCGCAGGUCCUCAACUCCAUCUUCUCGCAUCUCGGCAUCGGCGGCUCGUUGCUUCCCUGGCUCGUCUUCCUGUACUGCUACGGCGCCAACGCUUUCUUCCUGCUGCGCAGCUUGCGCUACGUUCUUCUCCCCGAUCAGGGCGGACAAGGCGUUGUCGGCGGUGGCGCAGCUGCUGGUUACACGGUUGCGCGCAGCCAGAAGAACAGAUCGAUUCAGUUCUUGUUCGUGUAUAGCUUCGUGAUCCAAUUUGGCUUCAUGCUUUGGUUGUGGUGGUGAAAAUGUCGCUGAAUAACUGUUCUU